AUAGCUAGCGCCCCGCAUAUACACAGCGCUGAUUGACACGUUCUUGUUGCGCGUAUUUCAGAACGGUCCGCGCAUGCCUCUGGAUCGUUUCAGGUCACGAACAUGGCCACAGGCGUCGUCCAGCCGUACUGUUGUGGAACCCGGCGCGCGCCCCGAGCGGCUAAAGUCCGUCAACCAACAACUUGCAGACCUGGAUCGACAACUCGACGAGUACGGAGCCGAGAUGCAGCAGGGGAAGGACUGUGUCCGGAACGUGUCUGUGGAAAUUGAGGUGCUGCAACGCACUCGUGCAGAACUGCUCGUGAUGCUCGCGACACCCAUCGUGAGACUGCCCUAUGAGCUGCUUGCACAAAUUUUCGAGAUGGCGAUGGAGAUCAAGGAGGAUCCGGAAUGGGUUGAGAAAGUCCCAAAAGAUGAGGAGGAGGAGUGGAUGGGUCCUAUGGUACUGUCACACGUCAAUCGUCGUUUCCGGCAUGUUGCGCUCACCACAUCUUCUCUAUGGACCCGAAUAUGCCUAGAUGAACGCCCACCUUACUCACUCACGAAGCUCUGGCUAGAACGAGCGAAACUGAUCGAGGUCGACCUCGAUCUCACCGACUACCUAGGACCGACCAAGAUCUCCGAAGUGCUAAGUCUCAUCAUGCCCUGUUCACGCUGGACGUCCAUCUCUCUGCACACCCAAGACGCACUAGGCAUCCUCACCGCCUUAUCGAUGAUGAGCGAGCCUGCGCCGGAACUGCAUUCCCUGGAACUGAUAGACUCCCGCACCGAUUUUGACGAAGACGAAGUGAGCCCACUCCCGACGGUCGAGAUCCUGUGCGGCGUAGCGCCCAAGCUCAGACAAGUAUGUCUCUACUCAGUAGCACUCCACUGGUGCUCGCCCAUCUUCUCCAACCUCGUCGUGCUGGAACUCGAGUACCUGCCAACAGCGUCCCGGCCGACCUGGGUAGAAUGGGUGCAGAUGAUCCGUGCUUGUCCGUGUCUAGCCAAACUGGUGCUCAUGGCCGCAGGCCCGCAUAUACCAGAAGAAGACGAUCCGCGGAACUACCCCAAAGUGCAGGAAAUCAGCCUGCCCCAGCUCGUCCAUUUAGAGAUCGGGGACGUGCGCCCCUGGGUCCUCUCCCACCUGAUAAACAUGCUCAAAGCGCCUAACCUGGAGUUCCUCUCCCUCGACACGUUAGAGCACGACGAGUACACAGAACCGAUCCGGCUUAUCUCAGACGAACGGUAUCCCGCACUCAGGAAGCUCAAGUUCGUCAUUAGCGAUAUAGAAGAAAGCGAGUUUCUUGCUCUCCUUCGCCGGCUCCCGGGGGUGCGACAACUGCACCUCAAUGGGCUAUACGACCUUCUCUCGGGGAUAUGUGAGGACGACAGGGAUCCGGAAAGGGAGGGAACGGUCUUGCUCCCCAAGCUGGACACGCUCUGGGCCACAGAUGUGACAGCACACGAUCUGGCGAUGUUUGUCGAAGGGAGGAAGGUGCAGGGACAUCCUGUUACGAGGGUGCUGGUGCCGUUUAGGGACGAACAGGCGAUUAAGGGCAGGCAUGAGAAGUAUAUCAGGAGCCAGACGACGCUGGGGUAUUUUGAGGGGAGCGAUCGGGAGAAAGAGGACUAUGAUUACGAUGAUGAUGAGGAGGAAGAGGAUGAGGAUGGGGAGGAUGGGGAGGAUGGGGAGGAAGAGGCGGAUGGGGAUGGGGAUGGGGAAGGGAGCGACUGGGAUGUGGAUGUUGAGGAGUAUUAUGAUCCUGAGGAAUGGAUGGAUCAGGAUGAGCCGGAGUACUUGCCUUGGGAGGAGGUGGAUGACCUGCACUAG